AUGAACACAAGGGAAUCCAUUGAUGUGCUCUUUGAUUCUACAAGCUUGUCAACGUGCAUCAAUGCUGCCGUGCAAGCUGCGGCUGGCAAAAAGGUUCUAAUGGUCGAGAAAAGCCCCUUUUUUGGCGGGAGCGUGGAUUGUGCCCGGUCUCUGCAAGAAAUCCAUUCAUCUGAUUGUGAUAUUUCAACUAUCCAAAUCGAGAAGUCGUGGUGCUCCCCGCAGGCUCAGAGCAUUUUGAUUGAUUUUGGCGCAUGUCCGCUGGGAACAAGGCACCCUGUUGUCGAUUCCUGCAUUGAGCUGAAAAUUUCUUCCGAUUAUUUGUCGAUGAUCGAGGUCAAGCCGCUUUAUUAUUUGUUUGAGGGCCGCCAUUAUAAGGUUCGUUGGCAUUGGGGUUGA